GAAACCUUCAUCUUCCCUUCGAUACAUCUCCAUACGCUGUGCACCAUCUCCUCCUAUUCUCACGCUACUGUCAGCCCAUUUUCCCUUCUAUUCCUGAGUGGGCUGACUCCAGAACUACCUAGAUAGUCUCCGCCUAACUUACCGCCUAACAACGGUUACGCCUUCCGUUCAGCCACAACCCCCAAACAUUCAGUGCCCGCGUCACGUCCCAGCCAUAGUUGAGGUUAGGGGCCAGGCCCAUGCAGUGAGCCCCCAUGACUACGGCACCACUAUCAGUGCAUUCUGGACAUCUGCAGACGGAUAAAGGCUUAACAAGCAACGACAUUAGUUCUCCGCGGAGGCAUGUUGCGAGGAGUCAAAGUCGGCAGCUUGAGGACGCGAGAGACGGCUUGAAGGAUGUGCCAUCAUUACGAGAUCUGGACAGCGACUGGGAGAGAGCGCAUCGAGCAAGGAAGAAGAAGAACAGCAGUAAUGGAGAAGGUGAGAUGAGACUAACUUCCUUAUUACAUAGCAGCCUUGCAAUGUUGCGUUUCCUCCCUUUCAUGCGCGGUUGACUGCGCUUUGGAUCCCGGAAUGUUCCCUUUGCAUUGUCCAAUCCAAUGCUAUUGGUUGUUAGCUGCGUUGUGUUUUGAGUUUCUGUUUUCUAUCGUCACUACCGGCCUACUACUUACGCGUACCUUCAAUGCACAGAACUUACAGUUGUCGAGGAGUCGCUUGUCAGAUCUCCUCACGGGUGUCGAUCUGAAUCGGAAUUUCCAGAAGAUCCAGCCAACAUUUCAGGUACUACUAUACUUCCAACGGAUUCAGAGCCGGAUACAGGGGACCUUGACCCUGUUAUGAUGUCCGAGGCGCUUCCAGAUUUGCAGCGGGCAGCAGAGGGCAUCUUGAAUUUUAUUCUACCCCGCUGUGCUGACCCUAUCGGUUUACUCAGCCUGGCAAAAGGACUACGCAAUCCCAAAAAUACUCAAAGCAGAAGGUUCCAGCGCUUUGUCAAGAAUUUGAAAACGGAAGCCCAAGUGUUCGGUCAUCAUGAAUUCAUUGAUGGCGAUAUGGUCAAGCGUUUACUGCCAUAUGCUUCGUUAGAUCAAUCUGCUGGAGAUAAGGAGUGGAACCCUGAUCCUAUUUUGCACAAGGCGAAUUGUGCUCUUCUUGUGGUUAAUGCCAUCUAUGCGGAUCCUGGCUCCCUUAUACUCCGGCAGCUGGUCAAGAGAUUGGAAGGGCAAUUUCCGGCGCCGUUUAUGAAAGGGAUCGUUGCCAGUAUCGAGGAAGGCGAAUCUAUCGGGAAGAGUGUUCUUGAGAGGCCUACUUUGGAUCUUGCGCUGGAUAUCCGGACUCAAUUCUUAAGGUUGGAGCUGGAAUCACGCCGGCAUGAGGAAAAUUUUGACCCAGAAGCUAUCCUGAAGCAAGUUUUCUUCGACGAAUCGGUGUACGGUGACUUUGACCAUGACUCGGGCCAAGUUCCACUGCGUGGGUUCGGGAUUGCUCCAUUUCAGGAUGAGAAUGGACAUCUUCCUCGGCAAUUCGAAGAACAUGUUUAUGAACGCGUUCAGGACAUUGGUGUGCUGUUGAGGAAUGAGGAUGGUUCUCUUAACCUCCGGGGACUUGAAGCUGCGUAUCAUUGGCAGGGCUUUGUCCACCGAGCUAUCCGCUGGGUUCGCAAAAGAAAUGAGGAAAUCAGCCGGGAACUGAAAAGUCAGCCGAGUUCGGACGAUGUGCGUGACACAAUUAAAAGGGAGUUGAGCCAUCGGACCAGCCUAGAGAGGACAACUCAGGACGGUCAAGUGCGAAAUAUGUCCACAGAUCAUGGGAUGGCUAAGCACAAUGGCGAUCAGCAUGAAAAAUUGAACCAGGCUGAGAAGGUCACUGAACGGCGAAAGUCGAAAGGCGCAUUCCGUAAUACGUUUGCAAUUGAACGUAUCACAGAGAGGUUACGGGCUGCAACUGAAACUUCAGAACCUCCACGACACUCAGAUCCUGCUUGUUCCGGAGCACAAUCUGCUGUUCACGACUCUGAUCGUCAUCAAACCACGCCUAUUUCUGCGCAAGAAACGCGUGAAAUACCGGUCCCUGCGGAUGACCAUCCUUCUCCGCGUCUUAGCGCAGAGCUGCAGGACGAGUUUGGCCUGGUGGAUGAUUCUCAUUUGGAUGUGGGUGAUACAAUGGAGAGGGAAGCAGAGAGAUCUCACAGCCCUCCAAUCUUGGGUAGGGCUACUUGCAAACAACUUCAAGAACCCGUUUCUCGAGAAACUGCGCCUGCGCAUUUGGCUCGAGUUGAUCCUAAGGGAUCCCUCCCGUCAACCCAGGAACUAUGGAGAGCCGUUACCGGACAAGCAACGCCCGGUCCAUCCAGAGAACAGGCAACGGAAGCACGGCGCAGAGCCUUUAUAGAUCGCCAAGAAAAUGCGUAUCGGGUUUCGCCGAUCAGUCAAGGCGUGGGAAGUGCCGAGAGGCAGCGUACGAAUUUGCAAAAUCCCAGAAAGCGCUCCCGAGCAAUUUUCAACUAUGAUGAUGACGACGAUGACGACGAUGACGAUGACAAUGGCUUUUCGGUAGAUGACCGCAAUGUCGACGUGGUUACUAAGAGAUCUCAGAAGCCGGAUCAGUCUCAACACAAACGACAAAGACUAGAUGACAACCACACCGAAGGCCAAUUCGAGUCCCAGCUGCAACAUAGCUUAGAGCGGUCUACUGUCCCUACGCAGGAACCCGUUAAUUCCCGUCAUCAACUACCCUGGCAGCGAGUUCCUGCACCCCGUGCCCCUACUCCUGAAACAGGCUGGCUUUCGUCGAGGCCACAAGCGAGAACACAAAAGCGCUGGUCUGAAGCGGAAAAUCAGCGGCUUGUUUUAUUGAUUGAGAAGUUUGGAGUCCAAUGGGCGAGGAUCAAGAGACAGGAUGAUUUGUGUCCUGCUAGUGAUGGGGGUCCGAAGUUGUCGGAUCGGUCACAGGUGCAACUAAAGGAUCGAGCCAGGAAUUUGGUACUGUCAUAUUUGAGGAAUGGAGAACCGCUUCCCAAGAACUUUGAUCAAGUCACGAUCAAAGCUGUGGAUCGCAAAAGACUGGAAAGGCAGGGCAUCAAAAUUCCCUCUCGAAUUGAAUAACAGUACGGCGGGCGAUGUGAAGGUGGUGCAGACAGCUUCGACAUUUUGAUUCUUGUGAUUUUGCAUUCGUCUUUCUUUCCUGUGACUUAAUCAGUUUUGCUAGUUUAUAUUUUUCCUUUUCCUUUUUGGGUACAUUUUUCAUUGGUGCUGGGAGGUUAUAUAUUUGUGAUUUUUGUGAUACCCCCUAUAGUUAGUUAGGUAUAAUCACCAUUUGUGCCGGAGUUACCGAAAAUGGCAGUGCUCCCAGAUCAGGUUUAGUGCUAUCCUCUCUCUCCUCCCAGGUAUUAUUGUGUCCUGAUCUGGUUUGGCAUACAGUGUUUGCCCUGAAAGGAAACUGUCAGUGCCAGCGCCAAACUGCCCCACGCAUAACUCACUCAGAGCCUGGCCUACUGCAACU